AUGUCUCUCCAAGUUCAUAUCCAACAAGAAGAUUUCGGAAUGUGUCCCAGCUUCAACUGUUACUCCACCGGAACGACCUCAGACGCCGCCAUAAGAGCCGCUGCCUUCUCUUUCUUCGAUUUCAAUCCAUCCCACUCUCCAAACAAACCCAACCAUCAGGAACAACACGACCAUGAUUUCGAAUUCGUCUCCCUUCCUCCACCUCCCGGUUUAACCCCUCCUGCGUUUCCUAUUUUCAAUUCCGAUCUUCUGUUUGAUGAACCUCCAGUUGAAACACCGGAAAUCCACGGUCGAGAUUCACCAAUCGUGAACCCGAUUCGAAUUCCCUUGGAGAAGCUUCUAAUCCGAGAUCGCGAUAUCAAUCCGCGGUCAUCUUCUUCUUCGUCUUCCUCUUUGUCUUCUUCAUCGUCGUUGUCGUCAGUGGACGAAUUGGAAGAAGUUCCAUCCGAAACAUUCUGCGUUUGGAGACCUAAAUCCAUCGGAACAACGCCAAAUCCGGCUUGCAAGAAGAGCCGAUCCACUGGAUCAUCGUCAACAAAGCGUUGGGGAUUCCGAGACCUUCUUCGGAGAAGUCAGAGCGACGGAAAACAAUCGUACAUCUCCUUCACGCCAUCAACGAGUUCAAAGAAGGCAAAAGAAAUCAAAUCAGAGACAAAAUCAAGUAAGAAAUCGAAUAAGCCCGGUGGAGAUCUCCUCUCUGCACACGAAUCGUUCUACGUGAGGAAUCGUGCGUUGAAAGAAGAAGGUAAGAGGAAAUCAUAUCUUCCUUACAAAUUACGAGCCGGGAUUGGUUGGUUGUUGGAGUAA